GCUUCUCUUUGGUUUUGACCUUUCACACCGUCGCUUCCACGCUGCUAGUGGAAUGUGGUCGGAAAAACGUGGAUAGUAUGUUUAAAGUGCUUUUGUUCAUUCACGUACGAGUUAGCAGUUUUGACAAUUACGUGUUCUCUUCAGGCUGGAUUAUAUAGCUUUUGACUCUUCGUGAUACUGAGACGAUGGGGAAGCCGCCCAAAAAGAGGAGUAUUGCAGACAAGGUCCGCAAGGUUAAAACGUCCACCGAGAUCAAGAAUAACCCUUUUGAGGUGAAAAUCAAUAGGAAGAAAUUCGAUGUACUUGGGAGGAAAAGCAAGCAUGAUGUGGGCCUUCCUGGGGUGUCCCGGUCCAAAUCUAUCAACAAGAGAAAAGAAACCCUCCUGAAAGAAUACAAACACAAGAACAAGUCCAACAAACUCAUCGACAGGCGCUUGGGAGAGUACGACUCUAAGAUGGCUCCAGAAGACAAGAUCCUCCGGAGGUUUGCCAUGGAGAGACAGCGUGCCCACGAGAAGAAGGACUUGUACAACCUGAACGAGGAGGAGGAGUUGACCCAUUAUGGACAAUCACUGUCUGAAAUAGAGAAGUUUACCGACUUGGUGAACAGCGAUGACGAGUCAGAGGAGAAAGGCCUUUUGUCAGCUGAGCUGACGGCUGCCCACUUUGGCGGGGGAGGUGGCCUCCUCAGGAAGAAGACCUCUGGGGAGCAGCAGGGGGAUGAGGGGGCUCCGAAAACCAAGUCCAGACAGGAGCUGAUUGAGGAGCUCAUCCACAAGUCUAAGCAAGAGAAGAGGGAGCGACAGGUGCAGAAAGAGGAGGCACAGGAGCUGACAGAGAAGCUGGAUGAGGAUUGGAAGAGCAUCCAGGCUCUGAUGGUGCAGAAGAAGCCCAAAGCUCAGCGAGAGGAGAAGCAGGAAGCGGAGAAACCAAAGCUGGAGGAGUAUGACAUGAUGGUGAGGGAGCUCGGCUUUGAGAUGAAGGCUCAGCCCUCUGAGAAAAUGAAGACCCCUGAUGAGAUUGCCAGGGAGGAGCGUGAGAAGCUGCAGAAACUGGAAGCCGAUCGUCUGAAGAGGAUGAUGGGAAAUGAAGACGAAGCGGAAGGCACGCGACAUCGGAGCCACAUGUCGGCCGACGACCUUAACGACGGCUUCAUCCUGGACAAAGACGAUGAGAAAACUUUAGCCUACCAGGAUGGCAAAUGGAACAUGGACGACGGGUUGGAGGAAGGCAAGAGCGAAGGCGAUGAAGAGGGAGACAGUGGUGAGGAGGAAGAGGAUGAUGCUGAAGAAGUAGAGGAAGAGGAGGAGGAUGCAGGCAGCAGUGAGGAAGAGGACGAUCAUUCAGACUUGGAAAGUGAAGCGGAAGCGGAAGAAGGAAAUGAUGAAGAGCUCAGCGCCAAAGCCAAGAAGAGCCUGAGCGAGGAAGAGAGGAAGGCCCAGCAGGAGGCAGCCAAAGCAGAACUUCCAUACACUUUUACUGCUCCAGAAAGCUACACCGACCUUGAAAAGCUGCUAUGUGGCCACACCCCUGACAACCAGCACCUGAUUGUGGCCAGGAUGCAGAAGUGCAACCACCCGAGUUUGGCUGUAGGAAAUAAGCUUAAACUGCAGAAACUAGUUGGCUUCCUGUUGGAGUACUUUGGAGAACUGGCCUGCCGGAGUCCUCCUGAACUCACCACCAUUGACAAGCUAAUCCCAGAGUUGUACACCCUGUGUCAGAUGUUUCCGGGAGAAGCCUGCAAGGCCAUGCAGACCAUCAUUGGUGACGCUGCUCACAGCAUGGAGGAAGUGCUGGAGGUCAAAGGGCAUGCUGCUUUCCCAGCACUAGACAUGCUCAUUCACCUGAAGGUGACGGCACUGCUGUUUCCCACGUCGGACUAUCGACAUCCUGUCACGACACCGGCGCUCCUUUACAUCGGUCAGGUUCUUACUAAGUGUCCAGUGAGAUCAUUACAGGAAGUGACAUCAGGUUUAGUCCUGUGCUGUCUGGCAGUGGAGUACGUCUCCUUUUCCAAGCGUUUCCUGCCCGAGCUCAUUAACUUCCUGGCUGGAACGCUGCACCUGGCCGUGCAGGACAAGAGCUCCCCAGGUUACAGCGUCGUCCCGCCCUUUAGGGCCACAGGGAAGCACAGCGAUCUGUUGGUGCUCUCAGACUCGGAAUCUUGGAAGAGCUGGGACAAGAAAAGCCAGCUCCCGCUUUCUGCUGCACAGCACCUCGCUUUGAAGACGGACCUUGACGGCGAUCACUUCAAGUUGACGUGUGUGUCCACCUGCAUGGACCUGCUGAAGAGAUGCUGUCUGCUCUACAGCGACCUCGCCUGCUUCACGCACAUCUUUCAGCCAAUCAGAACGCUGCUUUCACAACAUCUCUCUUCUCAGUUACUACCCGAGCCUUUAAAGGAGCUUCAAACGGAGAUCCUGGAUGUCAUCGACAGCGCUCCUGUUGCUCACAGCCGCUUGGUUUUUGACAAGAAGAAGCCUGUCCUGCUAAAGCUGCUCACACCCAAGAUCGUGGAGGUGUUGGACUACGGCAAGAAGCGCGGCUUCACCAGGGAGCAGAGGGAGACGGAGCGUGUGCGUCACAAGUACAAGAAGGAAUUCAAGGGAGCGCUGAGGGAGAUCAGGAAGGACUCGCGCUUCCUGGCCAGCGAGAAGCUCAACGAGGUCAUGAACAGGGAUGCCGAGAGGAAGAGGAAGGUGAAGGAGCUCUUUGGCAGCUUGGCCACGCAGGAGGGAGAGUGGAAGGCCAUGAAGAGGAAGAAGAGGAAGUAAAAUGGAUUUCUAUAAAUAGAUUCACAUUUUCAAGUACACUGAUACAAAGUAGGCUUGUUGGAAUCAAUAACUUGUCCUGAACAACUAAAAUAACUUGUCAUUUUCUUCUUCUUUUUGUCUGAAAAAAUAAGACAUUUUUUUACAUUCUCGUGGUGAUAAAGACUGUUUUUUUUUGUUUUUUUUUUAGCAGUUUAGUAGUUUAAAAAAGUGCUGUCCAAACUUUUUCUACUGAGGUCGGCAGACACAAAUACAGAAAUCGGAGAGCACAGACCUCCGCCAAGCUGUAUGCCUACAACAUUGGGUAAAGGUGAGUGUAAAGGUGACUAUGGGGGUGUUACUUCAUGUCUAGAGGGCUCUAAGAGUGUUAAAAAACUUACUUGAAUGUCGGAAAUAGGUUUUCUAUGCUCUCACGAAAAUAUUCAUUUUAUAAAUAAGGAAACCUACUUUGAGGAAAUGUACUUAUCACUGUAAAUAACGUGCGGCCUAGUAGUUAACAUGUUGGCCACACAGUCAGGACAUAGGGACGAUCCGAGUUUGAAUCUCUGUUGGGCAUUUGUGUGUGGCGUUUGCAUGUUCUCCCCGUGCACACGUGGGUUUUCUCCGGAUACUCCCACGUUCCGAAAACAUACAGGUUAAUUGCAGACUCCGAAUUGUCAAUAGGAAUAAAUGUGAGUGUGAAUGGUUGUUUGUCUAUAUGUGCCCUGCGAUUGGCUGGUGACCGGUCCAGGGUGUACCGCCCGAAGUCAGCUGGGAUAGGCUUCAGCAAAGUCGUGACCCAAGUGAGGAUAAGCUGCAUAGAAGAUGGACAGAUAUUACAGUAUGUUUAUGCUACAUAUACAGUAUUGCAGUUUGGAUUAUUUACAUUAACUCCAGAAAAGUGCUAAUGUACAUUUAUCAGGACCAUUUUCUAUGUCUUAUAUAGUUGUAUACUUUCUAUUAUAUAUAAUUAUAUGGUGCCAUAUUUUGCUAUUAUAAUAUAGCAUAAUUGAGAAAACAUUUUAACCAGAACAGUUGAACCAAUCUAAACCUAUAGUAGAUAUCUGGUGCUCUCUGUAGUUUAGUAAACUAACACCCUCAUGAGGAAAUACAGUACGUACUUCCGCAAUUGUGAAAUAAAUGAAAAAACAAUGACUAACCUUUUACAUUUUAUUCAACACUAAAAUCCAAGUAAAGGCGUAUGGCAGUUUUGUUUUUUUAAAGUCAAUCAAUGAUGAAAAUACAAUAUGGACACAAACAGCUGUGCGCUUCAUUAACAAUGACAUUAGUAUACCAAAAAAUAGUAUAGUUUAUGUAGACACUUAGGUGGUUACAGACACAAACACACAGUGAUGGUAAAGUUGCGUUGUCACUGACGAUGACAUUUGGUUACAAACCACACACAAGACACCUGAGGUACAUUUGCCGAUAUGCAAACGCAUAAUACAAAUACACACAACCUACAUCCGACCAUAGGUUUACAUACACGCACACACAUACACGGACAUCAUACAGGACCAAAAACGAGGCACGAUGGGACUUGGCAGAGCAACAUGGAAUGUUCCGGUCAUCUUUUCUUAAAACGUUAUCUUCAGUCCGUGUCGUCCUGCCACAGAACACAAAACUUGGUUAUUGUUUGUGUACUUGAUCUACUUUAAUGUUUAUCCAAGCAGCGUCUCACCUCUGUCACGUCAGCAGUGUCCGUGUCAACCGGUGACUCGACCGCAUCCUGCACGCCCGAGUUGUCUUCACCCUGUGGAAGACACGCGAACAGGAAGUCAUGCCGCCAGUCCCCAAUUCAGUCUCGACUGCAAAUCAAACCAAACGAUAGAGUGAAACCGUUUUAAAAACCCACUGCAAUACUUCACGUAUUGCAGUCACAUACUGUACUUACACUCAUGACAAAAAUUAACAGCAAAUCCUGUGCAUUUUCGAAGAGCAUUUAAUGUCAAUAAGCCAAAA